AGCCUCGCUCCUCCACCAUCUAGUUCUUUGUUGCUCGAUCAUCUUGGAAAAUUUGUUAGUAAACCCCUUGGUUUAGUACAUAAAUUCGCCACCGGCCUCUUCAGUCUUACUCCGAAGCCAAGAAGCGAUUCUUCCGUCCAUAUAAGAAUUUCUGACUCCGUAUCCCUACAGCCCUCCAUGGACCUCUUCCAAGGGACUGGUGUACCAUCGCACAACAGCUCAGAUGAAAACUCCUCUUUAUUCUAUUCAUCACCGAAUGCCCACCAUCUCCAAGCCUGCCUCGAGGGGUCUGACUCCAAUGAACUUAGCAACGCAGCUACUGAUCCGAAUCACUCUGCAACGCACCCUCAUAGCCGGGCUCGCUACACCCUUUGUCAAUUACUCAUGCGACAAGCUGAAAAGGCCAAGUUGCCUCUUUACUCAAAGCCUCAAAUGCGUUUCGGCUAUCCUACAGCUUCGUUGGCCGAAGCAUUCGUCUAUUUAGCAACUCGCCUUCCUCCCGUGGAUAAAUCAUCUACUUCUACAACUUUUGAGGCGCGACAGAAACAUCGUGACUCGUUGCGUAGGUGGCAAAGAGUUGAAUCUCAGAGCAGACCAUUCUCGGCAAAUCACUACCAUAAUCAAGAAGUAGUGAAACUUGGGGCAGAAGAGGGAGAGAAAAUUAUGGAGGAAAGUCAGACUGGUCAAGUAGUUAGCCCAACAGGGAUUAGUUAUUACCAAAAAGUGAAUGAAUCUAUGGAGGAUUUGAGCAGUAAGCAUAUCCAUAUGCCGCAGAAUUCAAGAGACGAAUUACGACGAGACCGACGACAGGCCUGGGUGAUGCAGCCAUUCUACUAUGUUGGAAGGUAUUCCACUUUUGACGAACAACGAUUCGAUGAAGUAAGUAUGCCCCUUGCAUCAUCAUAUCAUGGGUUUUUCAUUGGAUAA